GCCAAAGAGUCAGGGAGGAGUAAGCAGAAAUCCUCAGACCAGCUGGGCCUGUCCUCCAGGAAGAUGAAAACCUCUGAGACUGCCAUUUUGUUCUUUAUCCUUGCGGCUGUCCUUGGGUCCCAGGCUGGGCUCAUACCAGAUAUGGUAAAAGAAGAUCAUCAUUAUAACCCUCCAAUACUUCAUCAAGGCUUUCAAGACUCUUCAGACUGCUGCUUAUCCUAUGCCCCACAGAUCCGAUGUUCAAGAUUUAUAGAUUAUUUUUCCACCAGUGGUGAGUGCAUCAAGCCGGCCAUCAUCUUUAUCAACAAGAAAGGGAAGCAGGUCUGUGCCAACCCCCAUGAUCCGAGAGUUCAGAGCUGCCUAAGGACCCUGAAUCAAGUCCCAAGAUCUGGGAACAGGCUCAUUGCUUGAGAAGGAGGGCAUGCGAUGCCAUCUGCUUUCUUCUGUCUUCCCUGGUGACCACCUAGGAGACCCUGAGCAUUUGUUUUUAUAGAUAUUUAAGGCAUUUGUUCUUCUGUUCAGGUUUAAAGCAGCACAUGUAGUCAACAAUAUUCAUGUGAACUCGGCUUGACACAAUUAGAGCCAUCUUGAGUUGUAACCAUCAAGAUUGUCUUUGAGUAUCCGUUGGGUUUUCUUGCAGUUUCUCAGCAGAUUCUAAGUGGAUAAACUAUUAGAGCAGUCUUUGGGGCUUUGGAACGUGUCUGGUUCUGAUACAAGCUGAAGCCGGGUAUAUCCAGCUGAGAUGAAAUCAAUUUUGCCCUAGGCCAUACGUAUGUCCAGCUUUGUGGGGACCCAGCUGUUCUUCCUGCCACCCUGGAUCAGUAAGCACCCCCAAUAAAGUCCAUUCCAUGUA